CAGACGCCUUAGAAAAAAAUGCAGCACAACGUGUCAGUGUCCUUUUACAGGUAAGAUUUAUUCUUGUUUUCUGCAAAACUAAAUCCAACUAAAACAAUUUAAUGUUUAUCUUAAGAACCGUGAGUAUUUGAUGUAUACUUUAAUGUCUAUGCAUAUUUUAAUGAUGUUAUUUCCAUACAUAAUAAAAGCUUCAUAUUUAGUUUUUCCAGCAUCUCGAGUGAGAUGGAUCCUGCCACUUCUCAUCGGAUUAAUGCUGAUAUGUUUGGCCAUACUUGGAGCCUAUUUAGUACAAGGUGUCCUAAAAGGCUACGUUUGGAAGUGGUUGAAAGAAGAUGAUGUAAAAGGUGCUGUGGGUGGAGGCCAUGUGGUCCUGCUGUACCCGUCUGAUGAUGACAGGCGUCUUCCAGGCAUGCUGUGUCACCUGGGCUCAUCUCUUCAGGCCCUGGGCUUCACUGUGUCGCUGGACCUCUGGAGCCAGGCUGAGCUAAGUGCCUUGGGCCCUGUGCCAUGGCUCCAUUCCCGACUGGACCAGCUGCAAACAGGGGGUAAAGUGAUGUUAGUCCUAACCAAGGCCACCUGGACCCGGGCUGAAGAGUGGGGAGCCCUCAGCAAUGACGGGGUGGUGAACAGAGAUGCGGGGGAAGUGUUAGGAAGAAGCUACCCUCCAUCUUCACGCCGAGUGGAUGUUUUCGGAGCUUCGCUGAGCUGCAUUCUUGCAGACUAUUUACAGGGCCGGGCUGGUGAGAGGCUCAUGCUGGUGCAGUUUGAAUCCCUCCCACCCGAAGGUUUCCGUCCACUUCCGUGUCUUUUUUGUGGACUUCACGUUUACAGUCUUCCAUCCCAGAGUCUGGGCUUUCUGACUGAACUUGCUGGCACCAAGCAUAUUGCUUCAGCAUCAGCCAGACGGAAAAGGGCGGGUAGGCUCAGAAAGGCAUCUUGAGCCCUGGCACAGAAGCUGUCAGGGUUCACUGCAGGGACAAAUGUCUUCAGACUGGCUGGUGUGUCUCAGGGUUGUGUUGGUGGGGAAGUGGAAGACUCAGGGGAAACUGUGCCUCUACAACCAGAUCUUACACCCCUAUCCAGCCGAGAGACAGAGCCCAGGGCUGGUCUGAUGGAACAGGUCUGACAGCUAUGAUUCAGCUAUGGGACGAGCUGCUCAUGGUGUCAAAAGUACUUCAAACUCAAACUACAGUGAGUCAUGUUCUUCCAGUUCAGUUUUGCCAUUUGCAAGUCAUAAGAACCUGUUGUAGCGUGAUGAAUUGUCCUGUUUUUUGUCACACAACCUCCCUCUCAGCCGUCAACCUCCUCUAGGGAGGCACCGCAGAGCCGCUCAGACUCCAUUACCCAACAUCCCUAGCGCCAGGCUUCCAUUUCACGUCACCCGCCAAACCUAUAUAAGGAAGUGCCGCACAACGCCGGCUCACUCAGUCAUCGUUCUCACCAA